UGUAAUAGUGAAAACUAGGGCUUAUAAAGUCCAAAUUAAAAGAUAGAUGAAAGCUUACUUACAACAUUAAAGGAAUCACAUUUGCCGAUUCAGUGACCGAAAAAAGAAAAAAAAAAUGAAUAUAUCGAAUCUUUUGCAAUAGAAAUAGUUACGCUUCAAACCUGAGAGUCUGAAUAAGGAAUAUUAAAUUACUGAAAUCACAAUUUUUUGGAGGUAUCUUAGUUACUUGGAAACGUAUUAGGUAAAAUGCAUUUGAUAGCCCAUUUUCCUCGAUCAGAGUCACUAACAAACAAAAAUGUAUUGUAAAAAAAAGUUGUGUGUAUUGUAUUGUCCGGCACGGAGCCUAUCCAACGCGUUCUGUUAGCUAGGGAAAACUCUAUAUCCCGCGAUUCUUUUGGCAAGCACCAAGAAUUUGAGAUCAUUGGCAAGUCAAAUUCACCUUCAACAAGAGAAACCUAUGGAGAAUUUCACAUCGAACAACACUUCCAUGGAUUCUAACAUCUCGACGCGCACCGAAACGACAAAUUGUGACGAGACAUUACAACAAAUCUUCUGGUUUGUAAACGGAGUCCUAGCAUUGAUCAUCUUGACAGGAAAUGCGUUCACCUGUGCGAUCUUUCUCUCCACUAAGCAGCUUCGACAACAGUACAUGAACACGUUUCUUGUCAGUUUGGCCGUGAGUGACAUCCUAAUGGCCGUCAUGGUUGUACCGGGUUACACGUCAUUUUGCGCGGGAUGCAAGUACCUCUCUACCGACACGUGCUGGAUUCUAGCGCAGACUAAAGACUUGGUCUUCAGUUCGUCGUUUUUCAGUUUGUUGGCCAUCACGUACGACAGGUACUUGGCCGUUCUGUGUCCUCUGCAGUACGGCUGUAGAAUGACGAGGAACAAAGUGACUUGCAUGGUUCUUGCCAUCUGGAUUUUACCUGCCCUGAUCGCCUCUGCGAGGAACAUCUGGUGGCUUACGAUGCCAGAGGAAGAUGCCAAGGCUAUCAACAAAGUUUAUAACGUUAUUUUAGUCUUCCUUCUUGUCAUGUUGCCGGCAAUGAUCAUGGCUCUUGUCAACGCACUGAUCGUUCGUGCCAUUCAAACACAGAAAAGAAAGACGUUACCCUUGAGGGAACUCAGCUCUGUAAAUCAAGAAAUCUCUGGCGAGGAAACGCGCGCCGAAACAUCAAGGAAAAGGAGGGGAACCAUCGCUUGCGUUGCGGUUGUCCUGGUGUUUGUGUUGUCAUGGAUUCCUCGUUCCGUUUACAACUUUGCCUUCGUGUUUGGUCGAGCGGAUCUAGUCACCCCACUCUUGGUGAAGCUAUCGAUGUUUUUCCUCCUUCUGCAGUCGUGCGUAAAUCCAUUGAUAUACUCAUUUUAUAGGGCGGAUUUUCGACAAGCCGCGAAACGACUGCUUAAACACAGCAAAUAGUAUCGAGGAUUUGUUGAAAAAACAACAUUCACUUCUUCAAAACGAACUAUCGGUCAAAAUUUCCCGUAGGAAAUGUAACAUCACUACCCGUAAGCCUUCUGCCUUUCGUAAAAGGCAGAGAGCAACAAUUAAGGGUUUUUAAAAUAACUUUAAUCAGUGGAAACACCUUCUUGAGAGAUUAUCGCAUUAUCAUUCAUGUAGUACACAGGGUAACAAGAAAAAAAAACGCUGGGUUUUCUUUUUGCCUCGAGCAUCAGCGUACUGAUUCCUAACUGUUAAUGUACUAAGGCGCUGAGAUACACACCAGAAAAGUCCAGCAUUAUCAGAGAGCAUUUCAAUGAAGAAUAACUUCCGUGAAAAAUCGCAACAAUUUUUAUGUAAGAACCUGAGAACAAGGAUCAAUCCAAGCAAACUAAUAUUUAUUUAACUCAUGUUUCUGUCAAUUUGCUUAAAGCCAUGAGCCAAUUAAAUUGCUUUACUGCUAUUGGAAAAAUUAGAAUAUGAUGACGUUAAAUCAAGUUUUAUUAAAUAGUCGGUGGAAAUAUAGAAUUAAGUUUUCAAAUCUCAAACAGUUAUGUUUUCUGCUAGACACUGUCUAUAACGAAUGAAGUGUGUAUUCAACAAUAACAAGCAAUUAUCCAACAAAUGUUGUGAUUCGUCAAUGGCAAACUAAUAUUAUUCCCUCGAUGACGUAGGUGGAGGUAAAUAAUUGAUAGGUGAGACAUUGGCAAUUCACGAUAUUUGCCUGAUAUCCGUGGUCAAUAAUUAAUUCAUUAUUCGAACUUGUUUUGAACAUUUUUGUUAAUAACAGACGCAAACGUAGUUAGAGAGACGUGCUUUGAUAAUUUUGUGUUCCUGUUAGAAAAGAAUAGUAACAUGGUGUAUAAUAAUGUAUUUUUAGCAAAGCACCAAACAUGAAUGUACAAACUCUAAACCAGUGAAUACGACGAAAAAAAGAUCACAAUGAUUAAAAGAUUGAAUCAACUUUACACGCCUGGAUUCUGGGUUCUUAGCUUAGGAAAUCAGUCAGUGGCUUAGAAUACUGAGUGGUCUCCUAGCAACUCGCCAUUUCCAAUUUUAAUCUAUUCAACGAAAGCGAAUACAUCUCCUCGAUUCUACACUAGCUUCGUAAAAAGACACAUUGACACCUUAAUUAAUUCGGAAUUUUUUGAUCCCCGUCAACGAUAACAGUUCACUAUAGCACAAGAAAAGAGAGGCUUUUGCAAUUUAGGAUGCCGCAGUUAUUUAUUAUGAAUGUAAUUCACUCAACAAGUCUGAUAUGUAGACAUCAUGUAAACCUUGUUGAUAUUUCGGGCUUUUACCAUCUACGUGGGAAAGAGAUUUUCACAUGAUUGUAUAGAACGGUCCCUGCAGGCAGCAAGAUAAUGAACAUGAACAGUUUUCAACUAGCCGUGUUGGAUC